UCAAGUAAGACAGCAAAUAUAAACUUUCUUAUCAGAUCCAGAAUUGUUUAGGGUUUAAUCCUACAUUAGCCUCAGCAUGGUGCAGUUUACAGGAAAAUUUACUCGUGUUUCUGCCGAGAACUACGACGAGUUCCUGAAAGCUUUAAAUGUUGGAUUCAUCCUCAGAAAGGCUGCUACAGCAUCUACCCCUGUGAUGGAGAUCACCGAGAGUGAUGGAAACUGGUCGAUGAAAACUUCAACAUCAAUGAAGUCUAUGGAACUCAAGUUUAAACUUGGAGAGCCAUUCGAGGAGGAGACUAGCGAUGGAAGGAAGUGUACAACCACUGUUACUAUGGAGGGUAACAAGCUGAUCACUGAUCAGAAGGCCAUAAAAAAGGGAGAAAAAGAUGUUAGGGCGGUGAGAGAGUUUUUUGAUGAUAAACUGAUCAUUUCUAUGACUUGUGACGGAGUUACCUCCACUCAGGUGUACAAGAGGGACUAAGAAAUGCUGAAAACGUCCAACGUUUGUACUAUCUGACACGUUGUGAAAAAAUAAAAGUUUAAAUUCUUUA